CGUUCCAUCGUGCGCGAUACUCCUGCUUGUCCCUCUUUGUCCGGUGGCGAUAGAAGGCCAUGAUAAUUAUGGCAAGAUUUGCGUUUUUGAAUGAAUUAUAGUUGAAUGGUGGAUCAACAAGCAUACACCGUGCGAGGACCGGUUUGCUGGCAAUGACACACCAGAGAGUUUCAAUUUAAAGGACAGCACAGCAAGCAACGGAGAAAGGGUACAGUUUGCUUCCAAGACAGUCUGCAAGAUGGCUAGCUAUCUUCAGUGGCAUGCUAACGUUAGCUAGCAAGCUAAUGUUAUCAUAGUAAACAACAAUUUUCAAAACAUGAUCGAUUUCUAUAUCUGAUUAAUGUUGUGAUAAAUGGAAUUAAGGGCACAUUUUCACAAGUGAUGGUAGAAAGAUAAGUCACAGUUUCGAAUUAAUGUUCCAGUGUUGCCGCUACUGGGUGAAAUCUCAACGCUGCUAGCUAACCACAUUGAGUAACGUGGCUAGCUAGUUAGCCAAGGUAGUAACUAGCUUGCGUUAGCUAGCUGCUCGACUUCUUUGCUGCACAUCUGUAAGUGAUCAUUUAUAUAGGGAGGGGGUACUCUGUAACUUGCUUGUACUGGCAAUCAAGCCAGGUAGCAAGCAACCAGUUUUAGUUAGUCGGAACUGGUUUGCAACAAGACGAACUCGUGCUAAAUAACGUGAAGCAGCUCAGUUUUACCUGACGUUUUCUUUGGUGACCAAAUCCCGGCGUGACAGAUACCGUGGCGAAAGACUUGCAGCUGUAAAGGUGUUUGCAGACCUGGGCCGGCCUUAUAACAUCACAUACGUGUUAGCUACUGCUGUGACGAUAACCAUUAAUACGUUAUUGACAUGACCUGAAGGCAGAUUUCCACCUACUCGGCUCAUAGCCUUCAAGACGUCGUCAUUUUUAACUUUUUUUUUCUUGCAUAUGAACGGUGAUAUGCCACUUCACCGACAGUCAUAUUAGCUAAUGGCUGCCGAAUCGGGGAGACUACUGGCGGGACAAGGAAAACGAAGCAAAGCUUCACAGAUGAAGAGCCCAGAGAAGAAGAAGGCGAGGAAAUCCACCAACCAGGCGGCAGGGUUCUCCCACCUCACUGAGUUUGCACCCCCACCUACCCCCAUGGUGGACCACCUGGUCGCCUCCAACCCCUUCGACGAUGACUUUGGCCCUCCAUCCCGACCAAGUGGGACAGGUGGACCAGGUGGUGCUCCAUUUCUACCCAGCCCAGGCGGAGGAGGUGGGUAUGGAGGUGGAGGAAGAAUGAGUGGAGGCAUGAACUUUAUGGGAGGACCAGGUGCCGGCCAACCUGGACGGAGGCCACCGUUUGGCCCUCCAACCAACGCUGGACCUCACCACCAGCUCGGCUUUGGAGGAAUGCCUGGCUUUGGAGGAGGUGGUGGGGGCGGCAGUGGGGGAGGAGGGGGAGGGGGAGGAUUUCCCCCUGGUGGCCCUUCUCAGUUCAAUAUGCCACCAAACUUCAGUCCACCCAUGCACACCGGGCCAGGAUUCAAUCCCAUGUUGUCUCCAGGGGCUAUGGGUGGUCCCGGGGGAGGAGGGCCACCGCACCCUCGGUUUGGCAUGCCUCCACAGCAGCAGCACGGACAGGGUGGACACCCGUUCAACAGCCCACCGUUACCUGGUGGUGGAGGCCCCAGAGGGCCCCCACAUGGCCCCCUGCCUCCCAUGGGAGGAGGCAUGGGUCCUGGGAUGAACAUGAUGGGUGGCAUGGGUGGUGGCCCUGGAGGCAACAUGGUGGGAGGGUUACCAGGAAUGCCCCCUCAAGGACAGUUCCCUCCCUCACAGGAUGGCCCCUACCCUGGCCCCAGUCCGCCAGGGCCAGGCAACGAGGAUGGAAAAAACUUUGGUGGAGGAGGGGCUCCAUCUGGGCCUCAGCAGCAGCAGCAGCUUAACCUAAAUCCCAACGGCCCCCCUCCUAAUAAUACCACACCUGGCCCUCCUAACUCUGGCCCACCACAGUCAGGAGGGGGCUUCCCUGGCCACCCUGAUGUCCAGCAGUCCAAUGCCAAUACACCUGGUCAGCCUCCCUCAGCACCGCCACAGCCUAACCCCAACUCUUCUCCUACUGGUCCCCUGAAUGGAUCAGGCCAGCCUCAGCAUCCACCACCCAAUCAGCUACAACCCCCCAGCAAUGCAAACACCCCCAACUCUAACAACUCUACCCAGCAGCAGCAGCAGCAACAAUCCACCCCACCUAACUCUGCCCCUGGUUCCACCCCGUACAGCCAGCAGAACAACACUCCUGGUGCUGGUGGUCCCAUGCCAAAUGCGGCCCCCAAUUCAGGUCAGAACAGCAUGACCAACAACAAUGGAAGCAACACUCCUGGCAGCAACCCCAAUCCCCCCUCUAACUCCACUUCAACCCCAAACACCCAGUCUCCCCUGCCCUCUGGCCCUGCUGCCCCAUCAACUGGGCCUGGAAAACUCUGUGGCCCCGGGAUGGUCUUCCCUUGUGGCCUUUGUACGGCGGAAGUGCAUGACGACCAGGACGCCAUCUUGUGCGAGGCGUCAUGCCAACGCUGGUUCCACCGUGACUGCACAGGCCUGACAGAGCCUGCAUACGGGCUGCUGACUCGAGAGAGCGCUGCUGUUUGGGCCUGUGACUUCUGCAUCAAGACCAAGGACAUCCAAGCAGUGUUUGUGCGUCAGGGAUUAGGCCAACUGGUGGCAGCUAAUGAGAGUUGAGAAGUGGCUGAGAAGGAAGUGGGGUGGAGGUGCAUCACAUAAGGCCACAUGGAAACAUUCUUUGCUUCUAUCUAACUGAUGACCUGUGUGUCAUGUCAGCUACUUGCCCAACUUUCUCUUGACAAGCCCUUUACUUGUUCACUACACAGAGAAACACCUUCUAUAGUGCUAUAUAUAUAUAUAUAUAAGCACUUUGAGCGACUCUUGGUAAAUUAUAUCCCCCCCCCCCCCC